CGGGAAGGUUACAAUGACGAUUACUCUGGGCGAGCGAUGGAUUUAUUUAUGUUGAAAUGGAUGAAUCAGUUGAUUUUGCGAAACUUAGCCAUGUUAAACACCAAGAGGGGCCACCUCCCUUACCUGCACACGGCGUGUCACCGGAUAUAAGUCUGGAUAAUUCUGGAGCUGUACUCAUGGCGGGCACUAAUGUGAAUAAUCUUUCACCACCGUCGGCUACCUUUUUACUGAGUGAUUCCAAUAUUUCUGAUUUCGCACCGGCGCCACCAGUUCGGUCGUCAAGCACGCUUCGCAAGAAAGAUGGCCUGGUUUUGCCACCAUCGAAACCCUUACCAACUCUGCCCGGUAAAGAGGAGAAAAAGAAGAAGAAACGAGGUAAUCUAUCGCGUUUACUCAAAUUCAGUCGUCCGGAAAAGAAACAUGAACCCCAGAUUUCAGGACCCACCGGUGUUACACACGAUCUUCACGUGGUAUUCGAUCGCGAUACGCGGCAAAUAAAGGGUCUUCCCGAGGCAUGGCGCCUGUUGCUCAUGUCGUCGAAUAUAUCGGAAAAGGAACAGCAGCAAAACUCCGAGAUACUCCUUGAGGUUCUUCACUGUUUCGAUGAGACAGCUAAACACAAGGACAAAUACAUGACCAACAUCUCCAAUGUGACCAAUUCGUUCGGAUCCCUUGAGUCCAUGAACACCGCCUCUCGGUCAUUUUCCAUGUCAUCACAAAGUGCCAAUAUCACCGCUCAUUCUGAUGCCGGCUCACUCCGAUCGUCUCAUCAUUCUCACCAUUUUUCCCAUCUUCCUGCCUCCGGUCUGGAGUCUAGCAAUGGCAUGUUCACUGUUGGGGAUAGUGUCAUCACAUCCACCGCUGGCAUGCCACGCUCCGCUGCCGGCAGCAGCAGCAGUGGCCGUGGAAGCAGUUGUACCACUAACAGCGGUCCGGGCGCAAACGUACCAGAACUACAUGGGUCCAGCGUGGCCAGUCUCUUGGAACUCAGUUCGAAACGUCAUGACAGUUUUGACCGUCCGAUCGGUCCGGGUAGGCGGACGAGUGAGAAUGGCGUAGUGUACACCACCAUCUCUAGCCCUGACCCGUACGCUCCUGGAGGUUGGGCCCAUGCCUCAACUAUCCCGGAAGUAUCAUCUUCCGUAGAUACUCCGUACCCUAUCCCAGACGGUACGGAGAUGCCGCAACACCUGGAUUCCGGUUCCGUAGCCUCCACAAACACCGGGACCUUAACCAGUGGUCAGAUCUCAGUCCAGCCUGCUCAACUAGAUGGAUUUGGUACUGGAUCUUCUCGUGCUCCACCUCGGACCUCUGGUACGAGCUCUGAUGAACGAAGCAGUGGUCGAAGCAGCGGAUGCUCCCUAUCCUGUUCCGGUACGAGUGGAAAUCUAAGUGGUAGUGCCGUUGCCUCUGGUGUUCCCAGUUGCGCGAGUAUCUUGUCUGACCAGAUCACCGGCGAAAGCAGACCACAGAGUGCAACCGAUUUGUCCGCCUCCCAUCCUGUGGUGUUGAUGGUCCAUGGUAAAAAAGUAACCGUGCCCCCUCCCAUCCCGGGUCACGCAAAGUUUACCUCCUAUUUGUUGGAUGGCGAAGGCACGUUGAGACAAGCUUCUGGUGGUGCAGCACCAUCCGGGUCAACAACUCACCUGCUCCCGGAUUCGCUUCCCCUGGAUCAAGGGUUUUCCAGCAUGCGACUAUCCAAGAGUGAUGGGCAUCUUGCAAUGACGAAUGCUGAACCAUCCAGUGACGUCGAACUUGUGUCCCACAGCCACGAGGAUGAAUCGAAAUUGAAUAGUCCCCAACCUACCAAGGAUUCUGCAACUUCCACGUUGAAGAAUUCAGCAGCUCCCAGCUACGUCCCACCUGUCACUCCUCAUGCAACUGUUCGCUUGAUGGACCCGUGGUUCGAACCCAACCUCGACCCCUCCUGUCUGGGCUUGGGUAACCUGACACCCCUCAUGCCGAAAUGGUGUAGGUGCCAUACGAGUAUUAGUAUUACUAUUAUUAUUAUUACUGUUAUCGUCUUAAAAUGUCUCAAACUUACUGUUACUCUUUGUCAUUCUCUCCGCGGUUUUCACAGUGCAUCCGGUAUCGUCUAUAGUGGCUACGAGAUCGGCACGAAAAAGUUGGUUGCAAUCAAGCAGAUGAAUCUGGCUCAGCAACCCAAGAAGGAACUGAUCGUCAACGAGAUUCUCGUGAUGAAAAGCAAUCGACAAGCCAAUAUCGUUAACUAUUUGGAUAGCUACCUGGUCUCAACAGCAGUCAGUCGUCAGCCAACUACAAACGGGGAUAAUCCUUCUUCUGCUAGUGGGACCGGCGAAGAAUUGUGGGUUGUCAUGGAAUAUUUGGAUGGUGGGUCGUUGACAGACGUUGUCAUGGAAACCUGUAUGGAGGAAGGCCACAUUGCAGCAAUUUGUAAAGAGAUUCUUUUGGCACUGGAGUUUCUGCAUGCCAAUCGUGUGAUCCACCGCGAUAUAAAAUCCGACAACAUCCUUCUCGGCAUGGACGGUUCUGUGAAGCUGACCGACUUCGGGUUUUGUGCACAACUCAGUGCGGAUGCGACCAAACGGUCUACCAUGGUUGGUACACCCUACUGGAUGGCCCCCGAGGUGGUAUCACGCAAACAGUAUGGUCCCAAAGUCGAUAUUUGGUCUCUCGGCAUCAUGGCGAUCGAGAUGUUGGACGGAGAACCACCCUACCUGAACGAAAAUCCACUCAGAGCCCUCUAUUUGAUUGCCACCAACGGAAAGCCUGAGAUCAAAGAGCGAGACCGUCUAUCACCGGUGUUUCUGGACUUUUUGGACCGUUGUCUUGAGGUGGAUGUGGAUCAGCGUGCAACCGCCAGUGAACUUUUGAAGCAUCCCUUCAUCGCUCACUGUGCCGAGCCUCUCUCCUCUCUGGUCCCGCUAAUCCAACUGGCUCGAGAGCAGAAGUAGCCGACGGUGUUGUUCCAUACCCGGGUCUGUAGCUGUUUUUCUUUGUCAUUUGUGAAUAGGCAUUACUGCGGCCCCAUUACCGUCCGUCGCGCAUCUAUUCACCGUUCCGCUCCUUUCCAUUCAAAGCGCCCACUCACCCACACAACCGAUCGGACGCACUUGUUCCUUCUUUUGGCACAUGUCUCCCUUUGCUUUCCAUCGUCGUUCGAGGUGGUACGCAACUCGCUCCGUAAUCCGAUCCACUGUCUCUAAUUUCCAUUCCUUUUGAAUUAUCAGUUCCCGCCCCCCCUCCCACACACACAGGUGCAUGCUUGCACAUUUUCGCUGUCAGUGCCCUGUUCCUCGAACUGUAUAGAAUAUCAUAACUUGACAUUUUUUGUUAUUCGAGAGAGUGUGUGGACAGGUUAAUCGCUGUUGCAUUUCUGCUUUUGUUACCUAUCCGUCUUUGCUGCCGCCGCCAUCGCUUCUAUUGCCAACCUCAUCAUCGAUUGUCUCCAUCUAGGUCUCAAUAUCUCCCCCAUGUCGCGCAUAUUUUCUCCGCUUUCUGUGCACCGCUUGCAGUUCCACAGAAUCCUCACUGGGUCGGUCAACCUCUGUUCUAGGUCACGCAAAGGACUACCCAUCUAAAUAUAUAUAUAUACAUACAUUUAUAUGGUCAGAAAGGAUGACCCUUCUCCCAUCCACCCAUUGACGCCAGUCACAUCGGGUUUUGAUACGGUUCAUUUCUCCACACAUUAUUUUUCACCCGUCUCCCCCCCCCCCCCCCAAACACACACACACACUGUGGCUAUUCUAUUGCUUUGGAUCACUUGUCCUUUUGUUUACACUCCUCUCUCUCUCCCUAUCUCUCUUUACGAAUUGAUCACAUUUUAUUGUCUUUUUUAUCAAUUCUCUUUGCCGAAUCAUGCGGUUUUCUCUCCCUCUCUCUUAUACCGACCGCUGUUUUGGGUACACCGAUGACAACAACAACAACACAGCGUGGUCCAAAUCACCAUUGCUAUUAGCAUUUUUCUAUUGCUUACUCUAAACAUCCAUAUGCUCUCGUUUUUUCCAUAGUUUGCUCGCUCUCUGUUGGUCAAGAUGAUGAGGCUGAUGAGGAUGUCAACAAUAUCCAAAUUUCCAC